AAAGUCAGUGGUCAGUGUUGCCAAUGUAAGUCAUUUUUGGUGCAACUAAACCUCUGAUUUCUGAGCGUAAAACUGGGAUUUAUUGGAAAAACCGUGAGAAAUUUCGAAUUUUGGUGGAAAAGCCAGCGACCCGUUUUGAAUGAGGAACGAGCUGUGCCCUGAUUGGUUGUAACCCUCGCGCGUGUGCCUUGGUACUUUUGUUGUUUCGGUUUGUUGUAUUGGCUGUGGUGAUUUGGACUUGGUGGAUCCUUUGUCCUAAAAAAUCCAAAUCCUUUGAGAAAGCCAGCCCCUUUUGCGCCCCAUUCGAGUCCCGAAGCAUCGAAAAUGCAGCCGAGAGUCCGCGCUUUCCACCAAUCCGCUCGCAAAUGAAAGGGAAAAGCUGUUUGUUCCAGGUGAGGAAGUGAGUCCAGGGGGUUGCAGUCAUGGUUUCGACGAGGCAGAUGAGCAUUGGGAAUAAUGGGACUGAGGGGGCAGAACACUCGGAAAAUGGCCCUGCCAAGUACACGAGGAAUAGCACCGCUGCUACACAUUCCAGUCAUCAAGGACAAUGCAGCAAAACCACCACCAGUGCACCGCCAAAACCGCAUUUUUUAGACCUGCCCCAGGAAAUUAUCGAAAAGAUUUUUAGCUAUUUAACCUACAAAAACAUCUGCCAGCUGAGAUUUGUUUGCACCAGAAUCGAUCGUAUUUGCGGCCAUAUUCUGAACACGACCUUUCAACGUUUACAACAUCAACUCCUCGACCGAUUUCACGAAAUCAAACGUAAAAUGCCUCGUCGAGAGAGUGCUCGUCGAAACCAUCACCUGGCUUGUGAGAGUGACAUCAUAGAAACCCUCCACAUGCGACUAACCCUUUUACAAAUGUCUCUCGGCAAACAUAUAGAACGUAAGCACUGUUGCUUUUUCCCCGGUGAGAUCCUCGACGAAGUUUUGCACAUUUUGCAUUACAUCAAAGUCACUCCAAAAUUGGCACGUCCUUAUAAAGUAACCGACGAACUGUUUGAUUUGUCCACAAUGGCCAUGGAGUACUUCAAGGAGAAAAUCGAGCCGGACUUGCCCGAAAUUGCGUAUUUCAACACGGAUUUCCUCGACUUCGCUGGGAGUUACCCCUCCACAAGCAAGAAAAACUACUUGCUGGACUCGUUUUCGAUCGAUAUGGACGAAGCGAAGGACGCCGACAGCCCCCCACAUGACGCUUCGAAUGUGGAAGCAUCGCCCGAAGGGGCGCCACAAUCUAAUAUAGUACUGCGAAAAGGCAUCAGGAAAAUCAAGCAAGGCAUGAAGAGGUACAACAGUCAGUUGACGAUCCUGCGACAGGACGUGCGUUCCUGCCGACAGAAAGCAGCAGAACAGCAGAAAUUAAUGUCCGAGCAGCAGAAACAACUCGCUGAACAACAGAAACAAAUCCUCGAAUACGCCACUCGCAUGGACGAGAAUGACAAAAAGAACGAGGAAAUCUCGCGGAAGUUCAGCACGCUGUUGCAGGAAUUGAAUAAAUGUAAAACUGAGUUGCAGUACUGGCGAUCGAAGUCGCCCGCAACGCCGCUUUUCUGUACGAGUUGCGGAAACGCGGUGCUUCCGCAUCCGGAGGAGUUGGAGGCGUUGGUGAAUCAAGGGGUGAAUCCGGAAGGGCUAGGCUUGGAGCCGAUCUCGGAUUUCGAACCGAUUCCGGGGAGUAGUAACAGUGGAGAAGCGACUGUGGAGGUUUCCGUUGUCGAGGCGGUCGCCGAGUCGAGUAAAAGUACUAAAAGAAAAUUUGAGGAUAAUACACCGACGAGAGCUUCAACAAGUAAAAAGUCACGCAGGAUUCUCAAAGGGCGCACCAACAAAAGAUCAAAAAUUUAAUCGCUUAGUGACGUUUUCGUUGACUGCCUUUUAAGACUGGUCCAGUGUUAUAUUUGGAGCUUUUUUGUGCACAGCCUGAAAUUUUUUUCAUUUGGUUUUUUCACUCCUCACGAAAGGUAGAACAAUACUACUCAGCUUUAAAGUAUUACAUGCUCUCCGUGUCUGUUGUAUAUUGUGUCUCAGGAAGUGUCCAUAUUUGCUAGCCAGUUUAGAGAAUUAUGUGUGAUAGGACUACGAAACUCUUGCCCCCAUCUCCCGUUUUUGUAUUUUGUAUAAAAAUUGAUAGUGUUUAUUCAGUGGAUUUUAUUUGUAGGGUCCAAAUAAAUGAGUUUUUGGACACUGCCAUUCUGUGUAUGGGAACAUACGAUUACAACGUUUCUAGUACAACUUUAUUUUUAGACUAAUUUUUGUAAACAUUAAUUUAGUUAGUUUUCUUUUGUUCAGUGUAAAUUGAUAGAGUGUAUAUUACAAACAAAAACUGAUUCAAUAUCGCGCUUUAUAUAGUUUAUUUUGCAUGAAAUGUUAACGAUUUUACUAAUUUCAAUAGUUUAUAGGUAGUUUAAUUUUACUAAACAUUGUUGAUACACAGUAUAAUCUUUUUUCUAACUUAAUUUAAUAUAAAGUGUCCUUUUAUUUUAUUUGGAAAUUAGGAUAGGUGUGAUAAACACUACUAGACUUAAAAUUAACAAAAUUGAAUAAACAAAGAAAAUUCUCUAUUUUCGAAUUUAAUAUAUGUACCUAUGUACCCGUAUUUUAUUUAGUUAAUAAAUUAUUUGUGUGA